UCCUCACACCAUACAAAGUGUAAAGAAUCUUCUCGAAGCUUAUCUCUCUCGAUAAAACUAAACCCUGAUACCAUCGUUUCUACUCUCGAAGUCGCCUCCCCUCCUUAUACGCGUACAUACCAACACGCUUGAACCACAAAAACCCUACUUUCUCACUGGGUGAUUCUGGAAAUGGCAACUUCUAAUGCUGUCUCCUCAGCUUCAAUUCUUUGCUCUCCUAAACAGUGGAGCUUGAGGAGGAGACUGAAUCAACAGCAGAAUCAAAGGCUGAAUUAUGGGCAAUCAGUCAGAAGAUUUACAGUGCGAGCUAAUGCCAAAGAUAUUGCCUUUGACCAGAACUCAAGGACUGCACUUCAGGCAGGCAUUGAUAAGCUUGCUGAUGCUGUUGGGCUUACUCUUGGUCCUAGGGGGAGAAAUGUUGUCUUGGAUGAGUUUGGAAGUCCCAAGGUAGUCAAUGAUGGGGUAACAAUUGCUAGAGCUAUUGAGUUACCUGAUCCCAUGGAGAAUGCUGGUGCAGCUCUGAUAAGGGAGGUUGCAAGUAAAACUAAUGAUUCUGCUGGUGAUGGAACAACAACUGCAUCAGUCCUUGCACGGGAAAUAAUCAAACUAGGGCUUUUAAGUGUCACCUCUGGUGCCAACCCAGUCUCAAUAAAAAGAGGGAUUGAUAAAACUGUACAGGGUCUGAUAGAAGAGCUCGAAAAUAAGGCUAGACCUGUUAAAGGUCGUGAUUACAUCAAAGCUGUUGCUACCAUUUCUGCUGGAAAUGAUGAGCUUAUUGGGACAAUGAUUGCUGAUGCAAUUGACAAGGUUGGGCCUGAUGGUGUUUUGUCAAUUGAGUCAUCAUCCUCAUUUGAGACAACAGUAGAAGUUGAGGAAGGAAUGGAGAUAGACAGAGGCUAUAUUUCCCCUCAGUUUGUAACGAAUCCUGAAAAGCUAAUUUGUGAAUUUGAGAAUGCAAGAGUGUUGAUUACGGAUCAAAAAAUAUCAGCAAUCAAGGACAUAAUUCCCCUACUAGAGAAGACCACUCAAUUGAGAGCACCUUUGCUCAUAAUUGCUGAGGAUGUUACUGGGGAGGCAUUGGCUACACUUGUUGUAAACAAGCUGCGAGGUAUCCUUAAUGUUGCUGCCAUCAAAGCCCCUGGAUUUGGUGAGCGGAGAAAAGCUAUGCUUCAAGACAUUGCCAUUUUGACAGGAGCCGAGUUCCAAGCCAGUGAUCUGGGUUUGCUUAUUGAAAAUACAUCAAUCGAGCAGCUUGGUUUGGCCAGGAAAGUGACCAUAACCAAGGAUGCCACCACAAUUAUUGCAGAUGUUGCAUCUAAGGAUGAGUUACAAGCUAGGAUUGCACAGUUGAAAAAGGAGUUGUCUGAGACAGAUUCUGUUUAUGACUCGCAGAAGCUUGCUGAGAGAAUUGCCAAAUUGUCUGGUGGGGUUGCUGUUGUCAAAGUGGGGGCUGCAACAGAGACUGAGCUUGAAGACCGUAAACUUCGAAUUGAGGAUGCCAAGAAUGCAACAUUUGCUGCUAUAGAAGAAGGUAUUGUGCCUGGUGGUGGUACUGCAUUGGUUCAUCUCUCAACUCACGUUCCUGCAAUUAAGGACAAGAUUGAACAUGCAGAGGAGCAGUUAGGUGCUGAUAUUGUGCAGAAGGCCCUGGUAGCACCAGCAUCAUUGAUAGCUCAAAAUGCCGGAAUUGAGGGUGAAGUGGUUGUGGAAAAGAUAAAGGCCGGCGAAUGGGAGGUUGGUUAUAAUGCCAUGACAGACAAAUAUGAGAACUUGGUGGAGGCUGGAGUUAUUGACCCGGCUAAGGUAGCAAGAUGUGCCCUGCAGAAUGCAGCUUCAGUUGCUGGAAUGGUCCUGACCACUCAGGCAAUUGUGGUGGAAAAGCCUAAGCCUAAGGCGCCAGCACCUGCUGCUCCACAAGGUCUCACAGUGUAACCACAGUAAAUUUUAGCAAUAGUUAGGAUUUUCAAAGGUAAUAGUGUGUUUUGCAGCUGAAUCCCCAUUUGCCUUCUUUGGUCAGAAUUAUAAUGUUUCCAUUGAUAAAGGGAAUCAAAUUUUCCGUCGAUCUUUGAAGAGUAUGCGAUAGGGAUUCAAAAUGUCACCAGAUGUUGCAUCAGGGGAAAAUUUUAUUGAAUUUUAAUUUUUUUUUAA